AUGUUUCCCAGCAGCGGUCAGCGGUCAGCCGUGCCAGCAGACUGCAGCCAGACCAUGGACAGUGGCCAGCGUGGCAACAGCAACACACAGCGGGGCAACGGACAGCAGGGGGGCGGGCAGCAGACAGCAGGGCAGGCGACGGACAGCAGGGCGGGCGACGGACAGCAGGGCAGCGGACACCAGGGCAGCGGACACCAGGGCAGCGGACACCAGGGCAGCCAGCAGGGCAACGGACAGCGGGCAGGCGGCGGCAACGGGCCAACCCCAGCUGGCCGGGCCGGGGCGCAAAAAGUUGGAUCUGUCCGUUGGGCACUUUUCCAGUCCUCCACAUCCCGUCCGCCGCCCAGCCAAUUUCCUGCCAAUUUUGACGCGUCCGUCGCCCCCCGUCCGCUGCCCCAGCCAAGGAAAAUUUGGAUCCGUCGCCGCACUGGACCGGUGUCUUUGGACCUGUCCGUUGGACCCGACGGACAGGGACGCCAACCUGAUUUUGGCGGGACGGACGCGUCUGCCGCCGCCCGCGUACGCACCGCCGCCUAG